AAAAUCAAACGACAGGUAGUCUGCACACGUCGGACUGGGUUUUUAGGUCAGACUUACUAAAUUUUUCCUCAGAAACCACAACUCGUGAGAGAAAAAACUGUCGGAAACAUGGAAGGAAGCUAUUGGAGACUUGUUCUGGUUGUUUGCGUCGGGCUAGCGCUGGUACCGAGCCGUUCCGGCGAGUCCGUCGGUGGAGGAAGCAGCGUCACUCCGCAUGGCCACUUACAGCCUAUCGGCAACCAAGUGCCUCCGGUCGGGAUGGUGGAAGUCUUGCAAGACGUUCCUCACCCGAGAGACUUCUACCACAAGUACGUGAAGCCCGGGAAGCCCGUGGUCUUCAAGGAUGCCGCGAAGGAGACGGCCGCCUUCAAGCUGUGGACAGACGAGUACCUCAGUGCACAAUAUGGGGACUUGGAAGUAGAGGUUGAAGAGGGGAAGAAGGAGAACCGGACCUGGCCUGCCUACUCGAUGCCCUUCCGAGAGUUCCUCAGCACCUACAAGAGCAAGGACAUCUACCUGGUAGAGAGCAUCGAACCUGAACUAAGAGGCGAGUUUAUGUUGUUGAAGAAUCUCCUGUGUGGUGGUUUCCUGGACUAUCUGCAAGACGCUGUAAUGUGGUUCAGCAGCGGCGGCACCAAGUCGGUUCUGCAUUUUGACGCCGUUGACAACAUAAACUGCCUCUUCGAGGGGUCCAAGGAGUUGUUCAUGGUUGAUAGAAAAGAAUACAAGCAUAUUGACAUAGACCACCAAGAAGGGUCCUUUAGCGGAGUUGAUGUAGAAAAAGUUGAUCUUCACAAAUAUCCUGGUCUAAAGGAUGUUCCCUGGUACAACGCUACCAUGGAGGCAGGAGACUGUCUCUUCAUACCCUACAAAUGGUUCCACCAUGUGAGAUCAACAGCAUCAGACCAGAAGAGGAACGUGGCGGUGAACAUCUGGUUCGCUCACCUGUACAGGUUUGACGAGGAGGACUGCAGCAAGAGGGGAGACCUCCCAGACUUCGAGCCUCUCAGUAAAUACAAGUUUGUGGCAACUGCAGAGCAGAUAAGGUCAAUGUUGUUAGAGGCAUUUGAACUUGAGGAGAGAGAAUCAAUCAGCACAGAGGACCUAGAACAUGUUACCAUUGAUAUUGACUCUUCUGAUGAAGUGGACAUGAGCUACAAACUAGAUAUAUUUGAAACCCUGGACCUGAACAAAGACUUUGUGGUGACUGUGGAUGAAGUCUACCAGGUGCCCACAGAACACCUGGUGGAACUUUUCCCUGACUUCUCGCCAGAUGGACCACUCGGUGACAAUGAGGAUGAAAACGAGCCUCACGGACAUGACGAGUUUUAGACAGUCUUCUGCCAAAUUGAAUAUAGGAGAGCAGAGGGACCAUAGAAUUUUUAUAUCUGAUAUUCAUCAUCGUAGGGAUAGAAGAACAUGGUGUAAAAGGUGAAAAAAGACAAGGUUUAAGGCUUAUUCCAAAUUUUUCCAAGAAGUGGUUAGAUUAUGGACCAGCAAAAUCUUGUUGUUCGAUACUGAACUAAGAAUUUCAAGGAGCUGUUUUCAGACCUUCUGAGUCCUGACAGACUAGCCUGGUAUCCAUACUAUACUAGCUCUAGUUUGCUCCUCCAUGAUUGUUUCCCCGCAGCAGAAUAGUCUUGCCCUGUGCCUAUUUAAAUGUUUAUGUCCCGCUCACUUUCUGGAAAUGUCCAGUGUAAUGAUGGUCAACUUUCUUCCGCCUGUUUAAACACUGUUACUAUGCUGCCAAUCAGAUCUCAAGCCUAUGAUAUUUUAGGUGAAUAUGCAAGUGCCAACUGUCCCUGUAUUAACGACUUCUAGAAUAUUUAGCAAUGGGACCUAUCACAGUAGUAUACCAGGGCUAGAAUAGAGUGGAUACCAGGCUACCGACAGACAGGAAAAGCCUUAUGAGCAAUUUCUGGAUAGUUUUGCAAGGUCAUGGAUUUAUCACUAUUGGUGGUGACUUAUAAGGCUGUGUAGUGACUGACCCCAAAUCUUACGGUUGUGGUGUCAGUGUGGCAUAUUGGUCAAAACAUUGGGCUCAGGACCAAAAGGUCCCAGGUUUAAUACUCACCAUGCACCAAUGUUGAUUGCUACCAAGCGCUGUAUAGUAUAAUUCUUUUGUGGUUGUGGAUCAGUGUUAGUAAGUCCAUGGCUGUAGGUUAUGUUAGUCAGAAAGCCCAUGACACACCAUUAUCCUUACAUGUACCACUGAAAGUUUCACAGCCCUGGACUUCGUAAGAAGUUACUCCACAGCUAUUGGGUCUGUUAGUGUUAGUUAAAGUUGUGCCAUGUUGUCAGGUUCUAGUAAUUCACAACUGAAAGUGAAGACUUGCAGGGCCUCCAAAUAUACUCGGAGGGUGUACAUUUUUGGGAUGCUGCUUUUUAUACUAUUUUUGUACUUGCAUGUGCUUUCAAAUCUGAUGUGACUGAUGGGGAAAUUAAGAUCUAUUUUUGGUGUAUAUAAUCCAGAGAAUAUAGCAAGGUUCAAUUUUAGGGGAUAGCAUUGGAAAUGCUUGAUUUUGUGGAAAGACCAUAUCUUUAUACGCUAUCUUUGGAUAGAGGUGUAUAUUUAUAGCUAAUUUGAAUGUAGAUAAUUGGUGUACAGAUGGAGUGAUUAAAACAAUAUUUAUGGA